UCAGUAUUUUUAAAUUAUUAAUUAAUUUAUCGUCACAUACUUAUUAAAUUGUAAUGAAAUUAAGAAAAACUUACGAUAAAUACUAGAGUUGAAGAUGCCACAACUAUUUCAAGUAUUAAGAUGUUAUAAAUGUUUAGUUUUUCAAAUACACCAAACAAAGAAGUCAAAUAAAUGGCAAUGCAAAAUGUGUGGUGAGAAGCAAUCAAUUAAACGACACUAUGGGAUUGGUAAUGGUAAAGAAUGUAGACUUCAUGUUCAGAAAUUAAAUGGUUUGAGGGGAGAAAUAGAAGAUGAAAAAUUAAACAGUCUAAAUUCAGAUGAUGAUUGUUCAAAUUCCGAAGAGGAAAAUGUUCAUAGUAAUUUAGUUCAAAAUGAAUUAAAAACUAAAAGUAAAUGGUCUACAUAUACAGAACAAGAGGAAGAACAUCAGGUAAAUGAACCCAUGUAUCUAGAUAAUAAUGAAGUUUGUUUAGAAAUUCCCAGUAAACAAAAUAAAUCUGUUAAGAGGAAAAAAGUUAUUCCUACAUAUAAAGAAAAUGUAACAAAAAGUUUUAAAGCUCCUUACAAAUAUGAAACUGAAGAUAUAACACCGAUGAAACCUAUAAAAUAUACUGUAGACAAUAAAUCAAAUAUGUCAGCUAUAAUUGAAUUAAGUAAUCACCAUAAAGAAGUAUCUAGUUUGGAAAAGAAUAAAGUCCAAAUAGAUUCAAAAUGGACACAGUUUAUUGAUGAAAAUGAUUUUGAAGAAAAUGUAUGUCCAGCUCAGAACAAUACUUUAACAGAUACAAGAAAACUUUUUCAAUUAUGUGAUGAUACUGAUCUUGAUGAUGUACUUAAUAUUUAGUUGUAAUAAUCAACGAUCAAUCAAACGGUAAGAAUAUUAAAAAAUAUAAA